UUGCAUCAGGUCGAAUAAAAUAAUCCUAGACAUCUCACGUCUUCCUGAACUCUUUCUUUCUAUCUUGUUUUGGCCCUUAGAAUUUAACUCAUGCCUGCAGCCGCAACGCUAGAGUAUGCGUCGCAUGCACCGGACCCUCUGACCUACCCUCGACUAGCGAAACACUACCUCUUGCCUUCAAAUACACCUGACUACUUGAGACUCAUACUGACGUCAAAGGUCUAUGAAAUCGUCAAAGAGACACCUUUGAUUCUCUGCCCGUCAUUGAGUGCACGGCUAGGCAACCAGAUUUGGUUGAAACGAGAAGACCUUCAAGAUGUCUUUAGUUUCAAGAUCAGAGGGGCCUAUAAUUUCAUGGCGAGCCUGACGGAGGAAGAACGUUGGAAAGGCGUUAUUACGUGCAGUGCUGGUAAUCACGCUCAGGGCGUCGCGCUCUCUGGCCAGAAACUCGGUGUGCCGUGUACGAUUGUCAUGCCAAAAGGCACGCCUUCGAUCAAAGUCCGAAACGUACAAAGGCUGGGUGCCAAAGUCGUCCUUCACGGCGACGACUUCGAUGAAGCUAAAGCCGAAUGUGCACGUCUCGCUUCUUCUCAUGGACUAGCCUUCGUCCCACCUUACGACGACCCUCUCGUCAUAGCUGGUCAGGGAACGAUCGGCAUGGAAAUUCUCAAACAAAUGCCGGAUGCCGAAAACCUCGACGGCAUCUUUGCAUCUGUUGGUGGUGGGGGCCUCGUGGCUGGUAUAUCCGAGUACGUCAAAAGGAUCGGAAGUCCGAAAACGCAAGUUAUUGGCGUUGAGACUCUGGAUGGGGAUGCUAUGGAUAGAAGCUUGAAGAAGGGUGAACGGGUGACAUUGAAUGAGGUUGGACCAUUUAGCGAUGGAACAGCGGUAAAGAUUGUUGGUGCGGAACCGUUUAGGAUUUGCAAACAAUUGCUGGAUGGGGUCGUGAAGACGAAUACGGACGAGAUCUGCGCUGCUAUCAAGGAUGUCUUUGAAGAGACCAGGUCUAUAACGGAACCAGCUGGCGCUUUGGCAUUAGCGGGGUUGAAGAGGUAUAUCCAGGACAACGACCUCAUUGGUAAACAGAAAAAGUUCGUUGCCGUAGUUAGCGGCGCGAACAUGAAUUUCGAUCGCUUGCGGUUCGUCGCAGAACGUGCAGAACUUGGUGAAGGCCGUGAAGCGCUUCUCAGUGUCGAGAUACCCGAAAAGCCUGGCAGUUUCAUCAACCUUCAUAGUGUCAUUCACCCCCGCGCAACCACCGAGUUCAUCUAUAGAUAUGACGAUUCUGAGGUCGCGCAGAUCUUCAUCUCGUUCAAGCUCGAAACAACGUCACGGGCCAAGGAAGUCUCGGAGGUGUUAUCUGCGUUGCAGUCCCUGGGUAUGAAAGGCUUUGAUAUCAGUGACGAUGAGAUGGCGAAGAGUCAUGCUAGGUAUAUGAUUGGUGGGAGGAGGAAUGUUCCUCAUGAGAGGGUGUUCAGAUUCGAGUUUCCUGAACGACCCGGUGCUCUGCGAAAAUUCUUGGAGGGAAUCCAGACAGAGUGGAACAUCUCUUUAUUCCACUAUCGCAAUCAUGGUGCAGGUUUGUAUCUCCGAGACACCGUCAUAUCUUCAGAGCUGACUCUUUCCGCUCCCUUAGAUUUGGGUAAGGUGCUUGCUGGUAUCCAGGUACCUCCAGAACAGUCAAACAAAUUCAACGAGUUCUUGCAACGUCUUGGAUAUCCAUACGUAGAGGAGACCGAUAACGAGGUGUACAAGAGGUAUCUUAGAGGUUAAUCUUAUCUACCCAAUCUCUUUGCUUCGUUCUUUGCGGGUCCAUUGAUUCACUUUCAUUGGCUUCGGACUCUCGAGCACAUAGAAACAACUAGGUGCGUGGUGAUCUCUUUUUCUUGGUUGACUCGAUCAAGAAGGCGGCCGUAUCGUGUGCAUCCAAUCUCGUCGAAUAACUCCUACUAAACUUCCCAAUAUCCUUGCCCGUCCACAUGUCAUGCACCGUGAACAGUCCACGUCCAGACAACCCUUCCACGUUGGCGAAAUUGAAAGUCUUGGUUGCUGUGGUGUUGGAGGUAUUGAUGAUGAACACAUGAAUGCCUUUUGAUGACUCUCCGGCAUAGAAUUCUGGUGGGUUGGUAGCGGGCGCGGAGGGCGAAGGCGUAAAUGGCGCGGCAGGGGUAACGAUGACACUGUCUUGGUGGAAAGCAAGGAGUUCUUUGUUCUUGAUGAUAGCGAGUUGGUCAGAUGACAGCUUGCUCAACUAUAAACGAAGUUUGUCAGUAGAUUGGUUGCUCAGAGAUGAACCAAGCAAGACUUGCGUCCGUGCCGAGUAAAAUGGGGCUUUUCAA